AUGUUCACCUCGAACAACGCACAAUCUGCACCCGUAGAUGCUGGUCACCCCAGAAUGAGCGAUCAGCUCUUGAACACCGAUAAUGUCACCUAUGUUAUGAGUGUUAGAAUAACAAGAAACGGAAUGAUGGAAGUGGUAUUAUUACCCGUUGCCGACAUUAAAUGCACUCUGGCACGACCUUGGAUUGCUCCAUUGUAUCUGGCUAUCAUUCCCUUUGUUGAAAGUUCCUGGAAUUCUUCAACAACUGGUCUCAAAAAGGAAUCCAAGUCCUUUGGUUUCUUUGGGGCACCUAUGAUUGCUAGCUGUAAGAUAUUCUUGUUUUCAUACUUUGAUAGAAGGUGA